UGUUGAAUUUUGAUGAAGUAAACAAUAUCGCAGUCGUCGCUAUGGGGGAGAAGAGGUUGGAUUUCAUUGAAGAGACUGCGCCAGUAAGAGCAGCUUCUUGGAUGUUUCUAAAAGUGUCUAAUAGGAGAGUUUCUAAAACAUUUGCAGAGAUACAUGGUUUUUUCAUGGUUUGACUGGAUUGUUUUGCUAUGCAAGUUCGUAAUGUACAGCUUCCAUCGACGGCGUUGUAUUUUGUGAUCCACACUGAUGAUUUCUAAUUAUGGGACUUCUGACAAUUGACAAAGUCAAUAUAGAUGAUAAAAAUGGGCGUGGACAAUCUUCAGGACCACAAAGUAUUACUUUUCCACUGUUCAAUCACAUGCAUUUAUUUUGCAGGAAUAUUAAUCUAUAUGCACUUUAGUGAUAAUUUGUAUGAACUUGGAAAGUAUAAGUUCAUUUCAAUAUUAUCAACGCUAGUCUUUGCUGAACUUAUAAAAUUGUCAUUUACAAGUUUGCAAACCGACCACUUACCUGUAGGAAAGCUAGAAGCAAGUCAUUCGACCAAAACUAAGAAAACUUUAAGCAAAAGUGUAAAAGAUAGCCUAAAGUUUGUAUUAGCCAUAGUUGGAAUAACCAUUAUUUAUUACAUUGCUAUAGUAUUAUUCGGAGCACCCUUGCUGACUCACCAUGAAGAGACAUCGAUGCUUUCUCUUACUUUGACAGCUCUUACACUAGCUCCAGCAAGUUUACACCUAGGGAUCGAUAAUGCGUUAGCUUUAUUCACUGGCUCGCAACUCCUGAUUAGCGGAGCGUUUGUAGAUGCUGUUAAGUUAAAUAUAAAGGCUGUUCUAUUAGGCACAUGGCUCAGUGCCUUUGUCCUACCAUUAGACUGGGAUCGACCAUGGCAAGCUUGGCCUAUACCUUGCAUAGUGGGUGCUUUGCUUGGCUAUUUUGCUGCUCAUUUUAUAACUUUUGUAAAGAUUUCAACAACCAAAUUAAAGAAAAAAAGUAAAAAAAGUGAGACUCUUAAAUCUUGUUGAGGACUUCUAAUAUGGAAAUAAUAAUAAAAAAAUAUAUAUCAAUUGUAAAUAAACUGUUGAUUUACAAAUUAUUUAACAUAUAUAUUUUUAUUUACAAAUUUUUCCUGCACAGCCACAAUUCAUAUUUUAAUUUAUUGAAAUUAUCAAAUUUAAUUACAAAAUAACUGCACGAUUAUGCACAUUGAAAUUAUGGACUUUGUCAUUUUUAUGCUAUUAUAAUCAACGAUUAAUAUUCUUUUUCUAUACCAUUACAGUUUGUAUAAGUAAAUAAAUAAAUAGAUAAAUAAUAAUGGUAAUGUAGAUUAUUCUCCAAAUGACAAGAUGACUUGCUUUUUCUUUAUAUGGUACUAGACUUGGCGUACUUUUUCUUUAUAUUGUAGUAGACUAUUAAUUCAUUAGCUUAUUAAAUGAAAUAUAAAUGCUUGGUUGAUAUUUUUAAUAUUUGUUUUCUAUCACGUAAAUAUAUCAAACUGUACAAUAUAUGAUUCAUUUCGCGCUCAUAUAAAUUUCAAAAUUGCCACGGUUUCAUCGUCAACUUCCUUUUAAAAUUUUAAGGUUAUGUCUCAACUCAGUUCGUGUCAACGUUCACAUCAUGUUUCUUUUUGUAACAAUAAUAAUAUUUACAAUAGAAUAUUAUAAAUACACAAAUUAUAAUUUGAUAUGUAUUAUAGUAUUAUAUUACAUUUUUAAUAUUAGAAUCAAUUUCAGAAAUCAAAAGCAAAUCAAAAAAUUCUAACGAUACUUUUGACGCAUGCGCACUACAUGAGCCAAUCAUAUUGACGACGCAUUCUUGGCUUCACUUCAUCCGGUCAUGACUUUUUUAUAUAGGGAGAUAGGGAUAGGGAAUUAAUAGGGAUUGCAUACAUAUACGCGCACCUAUAUGGAUAUAUACAAUAAUUAUAUAAAAUAGUGGGGAUAACACCCCACCGGCUAUCUCGCGCUCCGCGUGCAGCAGUGUUGGCGACGAUAAUUUGUAUGCCGAUAAAGCGAAAGAUUAAUACUUAAGCAUUUGACCUUCAUCAGUCUAGAUGCGAGCGUGAGACGACUCGUUUAUUAGCAAACUUCAUUCCCGCAGCAUUUAUAUUCUCGAUUGUCUAUUUUGAGGCUGCUUUCAAUUUGUUCUGUAAAACUUUCAACUUUCUUCAAUGGCAGACACGACCGGCAAGGUUAUCAAGUGCCGUGCUGCAGUUGCAUGGGAGGCAAAGAAACCGCUGACACUGGAAGUCAUUGAGGUAGCUCCACCAAAAGCUCAUGAAGUUAGAGUUAAAAUUAAUGCUGUUGCACUGUGUCACACUGAUGCCUACACUCUUGAUGGCUUAGAUCCCGAAGGACUUUUUCCAUGUGUUUUAGGACAUGAAGGAGCUGGAAUAGUCGAAAGUGUUGGAGACGAUGUUACAGAAUUUAAGCCAGGUGACCAUGUCAUUCCACUGUAUGUUCCCCAGUGCCGUGACUGCAAGUUUUGUAGAUCACCAAAAACCAAUGUGUGCAGUAAAAUUAGGAUGACCCAGGGCAAGGGAAUAAUGCCUGAUGGUACUUCACGUUUUACAUGCAAUGGGCAAACUUUGUACCACUUUAUGGGGUGCUCCACAUUCUCUGAGUAUACUGUAGUUGCUGAAAUUGCGCUAGCCAAGAUUGACCCAUCUGCUCCCUUGGACAAAGUGUGCCUAUUGGGUUGUGGUGUAUCGACUGGCUAUGGAGCUGCCUUAAAUACUGCAAAAGUAGAGCCAGGAAGCACCUGUGCUAUUUGGGGAUUAGGAGCUGUUGGUUUGGCAGUAGCUUUAGGUUGUAAAACUGCUGGAGCUUCUAGAAUUAUUGGUGUUGAUAUUAAUCCAGCUAAAUUUGAGAAAGCCAAAGCUUUUGGAUGCACCGAGUUUGUCAAUCCAAAGGAUCAUACCAGACCGAUUCAAGAUGUGCUCAUUGAAAUGACUGAUGGAGGACUAGAUUUUACCUUUGAAUGUGUUGGUAACGUCCAUACAAUGAGAGCUGCUCUUGAGUCAUGCCACAAGGGUUGGGGUGUGUCUGUCAUUGUUGGAGUAGCUGCCGCGGGUCAGGAAAUUAGUACACGUCCAUUCCAGCUGGUUACUGGCCGAACAUGGAAGGGAACUGCCUUUGGAGGAUGGAAGUCAAAGGACAGUGUCCCUCAACUUGUACAUGAAUACAUGACAAAAAAACUGAUUUUAGAUGAAUUCAUUACUCACAACUUGCCUUUUGACAAAAUCAAUGAAGGUUUUGAACUUUUGCAUUCUGGAAAGUGCUUGAGAGCAGUUUUACAUUACUAAUGAAUGCACAACAUCCCAAACCCGGGUAAAUUUGGAGAUUUUUUAUUAAAUAUUUUUGCAUAUGAAUGCUGUAUUAAAUAUUAUUAAUAUUAUCGAUUACAUUUAUAAUAAAUAUUUUUUGAUAUAUUAU